AUGAAAAGCUAUUUAUCGGAGGAAGAUAAAUUGAAGUUAACCAUAAAAAAAAACUACUUGGAGAGGGAUGCCAUUAAGACGAAAAUUUUGAACUACCUGAAUAGGUUGUCGCACCUGUGCUCAGAUGACAAAGACGAGCUUAACAGAAGGGAAAGACAAAAGCGGGGAUUCUUCGAGGAGAGCUUGGAGUACUUUCCCGAAUUCAAGGUAGAAAAGCGGCCCAAGAUAGAGCAAGAUGAAACGACGGUGACGAGGAACAGGAGGCUUCUCCAAGUAGGGCUGUUUGAGCACCUGAAAAAAGCGAAGGAUGCUCUUGAACAAGAAAAAAGCAACGAAACGGUGAUCAAGCAACAAAUGCAAAAUAAAAGAGUGGAAGAAAAAUUACAAGAAGAAAAAAAAAAAUUUGAAAAAUACCAAAUUGAUGAUAUAGAGAAAAAAAUAAAUACACACAUUAAGGAAAUAAAAAAUGUGGACUCCCACAUAAAAACAGACGAAGCAAAAUUGAUGAAAUUAAGUUUAAUUAAUCAUUACGAAAAAAUGAAAAAUUUCAUAAGUACGAAUUGUCAGCCAACCAUUUUUUGGUGCCCUCUUAAAUUUAACUCCAAAACGGAAAUGCUGCAAAAGGAGACCGACAAUUUUAUUAGGAAAAAAAUCGAAGCUAUUAAGGAGUCGAAUUAUGACGUGGAUUUUGAGGAAGAGCCUUGGGUGCGCCAGUUUGAAAACUUGAAGGAAAUCGUGCGCAGACGCAACGGGGGCGAAGCGACAGAAAAGGGUGACAUGAAGGAGAAAGAGGAUGAGGCAGACCAGGAAGGCAAAGAAGACAACGAAGACAACGAUGACGACGAUAAGGACAGCGAUAAGGACGAUGAUGAGGAGGAGGAGGAAGAAAAGCAGAAGGAGAACAAUGAUGAGGAGAACGAAGACGAAAAUAACGAUCACGACGACGGGGAAGACGAAGUGGGAAAGGAAUCCCCCAAUGGAAGUCACUACACUGAGGAGAAAGAGGAAGAUACGCAGGGCACCCCCAAGAAAAGUCCCAGUAACGCUUCCGACGUGAACACCUCCCAAAAGGGUAAUACCUCCCCUGGAGGGGACAAUAAAAGCAGCGAAGAAUUUUACCCAGACAACGCCGACGAUGAGGACUUGAAAUGUAAAGAGGUGAAUGAGGCGCAUGACGCUGAUGAAGCAGGUGAGCCAAAUGGGACGGACGAGCCAAACGAGACGAUCGAAUUGGAUGAAGGAAACGAGGCGAAUGUGACAAACGAAACGAACGAAGCGAAUGAGACGAAUGAAACGGUCGGUGAUGAUGACGCCAGCGCGGUUAAGAAAAAUUCCCGGAAAAAAAGAAGGGGAAGGCCCAAAAGAAAAGGGAGGUGA